AUGUCGAAACAGUACCUCACCACGCACACCGUGGACAAUGCCCACAUAACCGACAUCUUCGGCCUCGCGCCGACCCCGACCGCCCUCCUCUCCGCCUCGGGAUCCUCGACCCUGCACGUCCACAGCACCGCCGACCCCACCAUCCCCAUCACCCAGUCCAUAUCCGACGCCCACAAGCUCGGCUGCCACCACAUCUGCACGGCGCGUGGCGGCCCGGGCGCCGUCGCCGCCUCGGCCGGCUUCGGUGGCGAGGUCAAGGUCUGGAGCCGCACCGACGCCGGCGACUGGGUCCUGCACCUCGAGCUGCUGCCCACGGACCCGGACGGCGCCGACGUCUGGGCCAUCGCCCUCAGCGCCAACGAGCAGUACCUCGCCUGCACGACGCACGACGGCCGCGUCUGCGUCUGGGACCUGCCCGCCAAGAAGAGGAUACAGGUCUACGAGACGGGCACGGCCGGCGCCGGCAGCUUCGCCAUGAGCGUCGACCUGAGCCGCGACGGGCGCCUGACGGCCAGCGGGCACCAGAGCGGUGCUGUCUACGUGUUCAACAACGACACGGGGAGGCUCAUAUACUCCCUCUCCGGCCUCGCGAAGCCCGUCCGGGCUGUCGCCUUCACUCCGCUGGGCACUCGCCUGGCCGCGGCAGGCGAUGCCGGCGUCAUCGCGCUUUACGAUAUGCAGCACGGUGAGCAUAUUGGCAACCUCACUUCCGGGACCUCAUCGGCCUGGAUCACGUCACUCGACUUCUCGGACACCGGCGAGUUCCUCUUGUCCGGUGCCAUGGACGGCAAGGUCAAGGUCUGGUCCAUCGAGCGGGGUAUCUGCGUCGCGACGCACAGCGAGACGGAGAGGGCGCUUUGGAGCGUCCGAUGGCUGCCCAAGGGCGGCCAUAGUGGAGACGCCAUGAAGGGCGAGAGAUUCUGCACUGCGGGCGCUAAUAGGAGCAUCACUUUCUACCGGGAGGCCACGGGCUCCUGA